AUGGUUGACACGACUCCUCCGACCCGGCCGCAACUGGGCGGCAUGCGAAGCAGCUCCUAUCUGCAGGAGCAUCAGCAGUACCGGGGCCCCAACAAGCCCGACAGCCACUUUGGCAUCGACACGGUGGUCGAGGGCAUUUCCAACACCAGCAUCUCGCCGCCCGCCUCCUUCAGCCCGUUCAAUGGCGUGCCCUCCAAGGACGAGCCUCCCCGCAUAGUAGACGGCGGCAGCCAUGACUUUACGCACCCGAACUGUGCUCCUCCUAGGGGACAGAAUAGCAAUCGCUUGAUCGCGACCCUUACGUACAAAUCCGCCGUCAAGUCUGCCGACGCGCACACCGCCAAUGCCAUUCCAUCCCCGCGGCUGGCCGCUUCAGACUCGGAUAUCCCCGCCAACCUGGCGCCGACGACAAACAUUGACACUUUCCCCCUCGAGCCCCCCGCCGCCGCCGAGCCGGAGCCCCUCGACCGCAUCUACGGGUCCUAUGUCUCGCCCAUGUGCAUUACCUCGUUCCUCCACCUGAUGUCCACCUUCCCCCUCCCUCCCGGUGUGUCCGAGAUCACCUCCGCACACAGGUGCUUGGACGACCCGGAACACCCAAACGUCGUGGAACUUACACUCUCGCCGGCGCCACGGUCCGACUACCUGGGCCUGGAGGACCUGCGGAGACACGAGCUCAUCUACCGCUUCGAGCGCGAGUGGAACAUCGAUGUUGCCCUGCAGCCAGAUACCCUCUGGAGGCGGCAUCCCAGGCUCGUGGUCUUCGACAUGGACUCCACCUUGAUCACACAAGAGGUCAUCGAUCUGAUGGCCGCGACGCUCAAGGACCCCCCGGAUCUGGCCCAGCGGAUCGCCGACAUCACCCACCGCGCAAUGCUUGGUGAGCUGGAAUUCGAUGCCGCCUUCAGGGAACGGGUGGCUCUCCUCAAGGGCCUUCCCGCCACCGUCUUUGAGCAAUUACGCCCCAUCUUGGACGUGACCAAGGGCGUGCCGCAGCUGUUGAAGGCCUUGAAGAGACUGGGCGUCAAGACUGCCGUGCUCUCCGGCGGGUUCCUGCCCCUGACCAGCUGGCUUGCCUCGGAGCUCGGGAUCGACUACGCACAUGCUAAUGAGGUUGUGAUCGACGACUCGGGCAGGCUGACGGGCGAGGUCAAGGGCACCAUCGUGGGUAAGGAGCAGAAGCAGAAGCUGCUGCGCGAGAUUGCCGCCAAGGAAGGUGUCGCCUUGGAGCAGGUCGUGGCUGUCGGUGACGGCGCCAAUGACCUGCUGAUGCUGGCGACUGCUGGCCUGGGCGUCGCCUGGAACGCGAAGCCCCGCGUGCAGAUGGAGGCGAGCGCGCGCUUGAACGGCGAGUCCCUGGCCGACCUUCUCUACCUUUUCGGUUUCACCAGGGAGGAGAUCGAGAUGCUCACUGCUUAA